CGGUCAGCCUCCUGCUUUCCUGCUGACAAGAAGCACAUGACCAGGCGUGUUUACACCUGCAAACACGUACUCGUUACGCACACCGUGACGGUCCCGCUGCCUGUCUGUCAAGCCAAGACAAAGAUUUGACCUUGUGUCAGGACGCGAUUCGCUUUGGGGACGCUCUCUCGCUCCAGGGAGCCUCUGCUCGUCUGUCCCCAGCAGAAAGUGUCCAGCUUCGCUCACUGGUUUCAGGAAGCCUGUCUUCUUGACGGCUACCAUGGAUGACACAGACGUAGAACAGGUGACACUGGCUCUGCUAGAUGCAGCCAAUGAUAAGGACUCUGAGGUCCAGGAUCAGGUCAGAAAGUCUAUGUUGACUCUGGGAAAACAGCAGCCAGACCGAGUGCUGGCCAUGUGCCAGGACUACCUCCUGAAGCAUCCCAAGCUGGUAGUGAGUCACAGAGUCGUGGUUCUUCAGACCAUUGAGCUGAUUGUUGGCUGCAGGAUAGAGGAGAUCAGUGCUCCCCGAAUAAAAAGCAUCAUCUCCCUCGCUUCAGAGGAAAUGACCAGGUCCAAGGAUGUCGUUCCUGACUGGCAGCAGGCGGCCAGUAACAUCUUGGUUGCCGUGGGGAACAAACACAUCAACGACAUCAUGGAGGAGAUACUGAGCAAGUUCCAGCCAGGGGUCCUACCUCACUUCUUCGUGGUUCAAACACUGGCCAACCUCUCUGACUCAAACGUUUAUGGGAUGGUGCCAUUCCUGAAUGCCAUCUUGGGAACCAUGUUGCCAAUGCUGGCCAUGGCCAAACAGGACAACAUGAAGUGGGUAUUUUCAUCCGCGCUGUGUCAUUUCAGUGACAGCAUCCUGGAGUACCUGGCCAACCUGGACAAAGCUCCAGAUCCCACAGUCAGAAAAGACACAUUCUCCGGUGAAAUCUACGCAGCUUUUGACAUUCUCUUCAAUAACUGGUUACAAAGCAGGGAGCCCAAGCUGAGGCUGACAGUGGGUGAGGCGGUGGGCUCCAUGUGUCACCUGAUGGCCAGUGACAAACUGGAGGAGCAGCUGCCCAGAAUCAUCCCCACCAUCGUGUCCCUGUACAAGAAAAACACCGAGCACUACGUCAUCAGUAAGAGCUUGUGCCAAGUCCUGGAAGCGUCGGUCAACAUGGGCAGCAGAGUCCUGGAGACGCAGCUGGACGGGCUCCUCUUGACUCUGCAUCAGCAGGUUUCUGCUCCUGUCGAUUACAGCGACCCUCCUACUGUCAAGAACCACAACGAAGUCUUGCGUUGCUUCAGCUUGCUCGCCAACUCUUUUCCCGACCGGCUGGUCAUGUACGUUCUGCAGAGGUUGGAGAAUAGCAACGAGCGCAGCAGGAUGGGCUCCCUGGCUGUGCUUCGUCACCUCAUAAACUCCUCCUCUUCUACAAUGGAGAGCAAAAAGCUUCUGAUUCUGGCCAGCAUUAGACAGCCGAUGGCAGACCACAGCAACAAGGUGAAGAAGCGUGUGGUCCAGGUGAUCAGCGCCAUGGCCCAUCAUGGUUACCUGGAAUUAGAGGGAGGGGAAUUACUGGUCCGAUUCAUAGUUCAAAACUGUGCUCUGCACGACACAUACCAGUCCCACCAAAGAGCAACCAGCGAUCCAGAGGAGGUGACCAAUGAGGCACUAAGGACGAUGUGUGACAGCACCCUCCAUCUCCUCACCACCACCGUCGGCCGCCUCGCUGACGUGCUUUGGCCCAAGCUGCUGUACUACCUGACGCCUUCACAGUUCAGCAAUGCCACGACUCCCCUCUGCAAGAGUCUCAUCGUGUUGGGGAACAAGAAAAAAAGCAACCAGGAGCCCAGCUUCAAGAUUGAUUUUACACAGGAGGUUAAUCUCCCAUCUCCUCAAACUCUAAUGAUCAGACUGCUGGUCAACGCAGCGUUUCCUUUUAAUAGCAGAGGCCAUGGACCGCCGUCGCUCUCGCUCCUACAGAUCCUCAGCAUCAACAUUCACCCCAAAACGGAAACGGUCUGGGAGAAGGAAAUUCCUCCUCUGCUUUCGCUGCUAGAGGUAUCAGAGUCAACAGCAGAGAGUCUGGAUAAGAAGAAGUGGGAUGAGAAGCUACUUGAGCUCUUGUCUCAAACCCUGACGUCGAUUGAAGAUGACAAGUGGGUUUGUCAGUUUGCUGCUGAAGCAACAAGAUACCUCUCGACAUACAACAACGCCCUGGAGGAGAAGAGCUUCCUGUACCGAUGCAUCGGAGUGACUCUCCAGCAGUGUUUCAAUAAGGAGGUUGUGAAGAAGCAGCUACAGGAAGUCCUCCUCGCAGCGCGACACAAUGACGCAAUUGAAAGAGAGGGGGUGGCGAUGGGCGUCGGUCUGUGUGCCAACAGCCAUUUAGAGGGAACAUUGGCCAAGCUUGAUGAGUUUGGCAAAUCGGACGCUUUCAAAAAGUCGCCGAGCAUCUUCAACCUGCUCAAAGAGCGUAAUGAAGUUGAGGUGGAGAAGGUGAAGAGCACAUUAAUCCUGUGCUACGGCCACGUGGCGCUGAACGCGCCUCCGGAGAAGAUUCUCAGCCGCAUCGAUCAGGACAUCUUACGCUGCAUCAGUAAACACUUCAACACCAAGGUUCUUGGGAUUAAAGUAGAGACAAAGGACCUGACUAUGAAGCUCAGUUUGAUCCAGAGCGUUGGGCUCAUAGCCAAAGCCAUCAGCAGAUGUGUGAAGAAACAAGGCUACAUCUUCUCCCGCAAGCAGGAGCUCAUCACCGUCAUGCUGGAUUUUAUGAAGUCAGAGCCGUCUGACUCGUUAAAGACUCCAGUACGCCCCCUGGUGAUGACAACCUGUGCCAACCUCAUGUCCCUGGACCCUCCGCUAAGUGAGAACGAGAGCUUUGACUUGCUCAAGGUGUGUGUAAACGGCGUGCUCUCCCUGCCGCCCGACACACACACUCCAGAGAAAACUAAAGACGAGGAGAUCCUCGACCCCAAGCAGAGAAAGGUUUUGUACAGAGACACACUGGCUGCUUUGCAGGAGCUUCUGAGGAGCAUACUGGCCAGGGAUCCCAGUCCGGACGGCUUGCAGGGAAUCUUUAAGCACAUUGAGUCGUGGCUGGGCUCUGUACACGACCAUGAGAGGGAGAGGGCCAUUACAGCCACCUCUAACCUGCUGACUUACUACCUGGAGAGCCUGACCGUCAAGUGCAUGGUGUCUUUCCACAACCUGGGAGCUCUGCUGGGCCGGCUGUCUCCCCGCUGCUCUGACCCUCUGCCGGCUGUACGCGCCGCGGCUGUCGACUGCCUUUACACGCUGCUUUCUAUACAGCUGCGAUACGAAGGAUUCUCCUUGGACUAUAGAGAUGAAGGCGUUGAAGGUCUGCUGCCUCUGAAAGAAGCUCUGGAGAACCCGGACCAUUCAGUGCUUUACAAGACCUGUUCAGAUCUCACUAAGGUGAUGAGUAAGCGUCUGCCUCAGCAGCAGCUGACGACGCUGGUCUUCAUGUUGUUUGAAGGGCUGGUCGACAGUCAGGCCAACUGCUGCAGAGCUUCGUCCGUCAUCUUGAACACUCUGCUGAAAAACCGGGGAGCCGGAUUACAAGAGCUGGUCCCAGAAAUGUUGGAGGUUCUGCAUGUGCGUCUCCAAAGCAUUACAGAGGAGCAGGUGAGAGUAGCAGUGGGACAGACUGUACUGAUCCUGGCUUCUCAGCAUCUGCAGACUGUUAUCAACACUCUAGUUAACCAACCUCUUCCAUAUGACAGCUGGACCAGCGAGAUGUGGAUGGCGAUGGGAGCAGAUCCCAUCGUAGCCAAUCAGAUCAUGGAGAUGGUGAUGGAGAAGCUUGUCAUCACAGCACCCUACGUUGACAAGAAGGAGUCGAUGAUGAGGGGAGGCAUGACUAAAGUGGCCACCAAUCAGCCACUGGCAAUGACGUGCGGCCUAAAGGAGCUGCUGUUGAACGGUCAGGCUCAGGAGCCAGCGGUCAGCCUGUUCCCGCAGCUCUUCUCCUGCCUCACCGUCAGACUGGGAGCGAGCGUCGGAGUCAUGCCACCCAAAGACAACAACCACAAGCACUCUGGCUCCCUGCAUGUAGCGGGGGUUGCAGCCGAGGCUCUGAGGAUCCUGUUGGCCCGAGCUCAGCUGGACGAGGUGAUGAAACGACUCGAUGAAGACGAUGCCUGGGAUGCAAUGAAGGAGCUGAAUACACACGUUACCGGGGUAACACUACUAGCAAGAGCAAUGGCGAAGCAUGCUGGUCCCAGGCUGCCUGCAAUCGUAGAGAGUCUCUGUCCGUCCCUCAACAACAUCUACGAAUGCCAGAGGAUUACCGUCACUGCUUUCUUUUCCGAGCUGCUGAACCAUCACGUGGCGACUGAGCUGAUGCUGAUAGACGUCCUGAUGAACAACAUGAUGGAGAGGAUUUCGGAUCCCUGCUGCACCGUUCGCAUGCUGGCUGUGCGAGGACUCGGCAACAUAGCAGUGGGAUCGCCAGAAAAGGUGAAUAAAUACGCCAAGGAGCUGCUUGCAGCCAUGAGCUCAGGAAUGGAGGAGAAAGACGAUCCAGGUAAACUGAUCACCCUGGAGGCCAUGUCCGGUCUGUCUAAAGUUCUUCUUCACCUGGACAAGAACAACGUCCACUUACUGGUGGUCUACAUCUUCAUGAAGAUUAGACCCUUCUUAGAAAGUGACAACGACGACAUCCGUUGCGCUUCCAUCCUCCUAAUGGGCAACCUGUCCAAGUUCGGCUCGGGAGAGCAGGUUUUCAAAGACCAGAUCCACAAUGUCCUGGUCAGCUUGCUGUUGCACCUGGUGGACCCAAACGCUCAAGUGGUGAAGGCGUGUAAAUAUGCGAUGCGAGUGUGUGCUCCUGUCGUCGGGUCGGAGCAGAUCACAGCCAUGUUUCAGAACCACCUGCACGAGGACAAGAGCUUGCACUACGGAGAGUUCAUCAACGAUCUCACAAAGUACCUGAUUCAGGACUUUCCCGGCAUGCUGAACUUCUACCACAUCUCCGUCAUCCAGUUCUUCAAGAGCAACUGGGCUGAAGUCAGAGCUGCAGCGGCCAUGUUUAUAGGGUUCCUCCUGGGGAACAUUCAGCAGGAGCACCUCUCUCACCUCAACAUGGGCACCAUCUCCAAAGGUUUAGUGGUGCUGCUGCAGGAUCCGGAUCCUGUGGUGAGGGCAAAGGCAGCUGAAGCUAUGGGACACUUCCACUGACACCUGGACAAGCAGCUGUGGAAAAGACCGAGAGGUUUAAAAAAAAAAAAAAGUCUGCAGUGGUCAACUAGAUCUGAGUAAUACAUUCAAUAAAAAAACCAAAAUUCAGGAAAUAAAAAAAAUGUUAGUUUACAAAGCAACCUGCACGCCGUAAAAUGUGUAGCCUUCAUAUAAAGCGAUCCUUAUAACUUGAUCUCGACAUCUAUUGAAACCAAACUGGAACAAGACAGAAGAGAACAAAUAACCAGUCUUAUUUAUAUGAUCAUAUCAACCUAUGAAGAGAGAAAACUCACUGUCAUAAAAAACAAAAAAAAAAAUGCACAUUCAGUUAAGAAUCAGCAGUUUCUUUUGUUUCAUUCCGAUACUUGAAAGACGUGAUGUAUAAAAUGUAUUUUAGCGACCAACAACUGUGUCUAUAGUGUUUACUGUUCAGUGUGGUAAUACCAGAAAUGCAUUGUGUUCCUAACACUGAAAUAUACAAUAUGAAGUUAUUCCAAAGGUGAAUGUGUUCAAAAAUGAAUAUUUUAUGUAGUAUCUUUCAAUAUUACAUCGUCAUGCAAGUGGUAUUUGUUUGCAGAUGAUACUUUAGCAUCAGUUUGGCUUGUAGCUUAUCGUUGUCAUCACAUCGUCGCUCUGCAGAAGUACAACAGAUGGACGAUUCAGAAUUAAAUUAGUUUAUUGCAGUUCUGCUCAGUGGUUCAUUUUCAGUAGCUAUUAUAUAAUCCAGCAAUAAGUAAACAGCAGCUAAUCAAUGGCUGCUUUUUUGAUAACUAGCAUGUUUUUGCUUCUUAUACAUUAUAUAUACAAUGGGUUUGUUUAGAACAGACAUGUCGGGCCAGCAAGAUGUUGAACUCUUUUAGUUUCAUGCCCUCUGGUUUAUUAAUGCCACACAGCAUUAAUACAUGUUUUUAAAUGCUACAUCUGAAAGUCCUGUGGGACAUCUUGGGUGUGUUUCCCAGAAUCAGCCUCAUCAGUCUGGAUUAUUCUGUUUCAAUCCACACUGCCACUUUCCUGCGUACAUUUCUUGGAAUCGGCUCACAAACAAUUCCCAGCAAUCUGCGCAACUCAUAAGCACACUCGGUCAUAUUUUUAGAUCAUUACAUCUGAGCCAGUUAAAACAAAUUAUUAGCAACUCUUAGCUAACCGCUUGGUGAGGCAGAAUAUCCCAGCAUAGCCAUACUCUCACCUGUGCCAAAUGUCUGUUAUUUCUUAUUACAUUAAAACUGUAGAAAUAAUCAAAAUAACUUCCAAUUUUUAGUUUUCUCUCAUUUAAGACACUUUUUCCUUCCCGGUAGUAAAUGAAUUAGUGUUAGAAUGGAGAGGAGUACAUUGUUUGUUGUAAAGUAUACCUCUGAAUUAUCUGUUGCACUUUGACCUCUGGCAUGCAGUCCCUGAUCUCAGAGCUUCCUGGCAAGCUGCCGUUAAAUCCCAUUGGUUACAAGUUAGAUGAGCAGCUGCUGCUUUCAUUGUUUCUACCUGCUCUUGGUGAUUUCUCUGUGGUGAAACCUGAAGGACAUUUUAGUCUAUUUCCGUUUGUUUGUUUGCCACACCACCAACUUGUCACAAUGACAAGCCAAAUGUUGAUUUGAAUGUUGCAUCUCAAAUUUUCAAAUUUUCUCCAAACCGGGGCUCAUGUCUUAGUACUUUUAACACUAGGGUUUAAGAUCAAUUGUACUUUUGUGUUUUUUUUUUGUUUUUUUUUAACAUGUUGAAUGUUUAGUGAGGUGUAUCUCUAACGAUGAUACUAUUUCAAAUAAAUAAAUAUGCUGAUGUGUGGAUGUCUAUUUUCUUGUGCUACAGAAGAGCGAGAUGACAAUGUCAUUUAUUGUGUUGAAAAUAAAGGAGCUAAAAGAU